AUGGUUUCUUGGGAUAAUCCUGGUGCUUCCGUUGGGGCUUCGGUCACUUAUGGCCAAAUUUCUGGAGCCAAUAGACGAGAAGCUCGGAGAAAAGGGCAAGCUGCAUUGUUGGAGUACUUGCACUCAACAAGGAGUUUACAGUUUAUGGAUGCAGAUGAUAUAAGUAGAAAUUCGCCUCAUUUUCUGGAGAAAAUACUGGCGAAGAUUGAUUAUUCUGAGAAAGAUAUUGGCAGGUCUAUAACACGUUUUCUGAGGUAUCACCCCAUCAAUGAAUUUGAACCUUUCUUUGAGAGUUUGGGUUUAGAGCCGAAUGUAUACAGUUGUAUUCUUCCUGAAGAUAUGAUGUUUCUGAGUGAUGAUGAUUUGCUCAUGGAGAACUACCACGUCUUGUGUGAGUAUGUGAUACCAAGAAAUAAGAUGGGGAAGAUUCUCAUUGAGGUACCUGAAGUUUUUCGGUAUGAGCAUGGGGUGUUGGCCUCAAAAUUCAAAGCCUGUGAAGGAGCAGGGAUUAACAGGUCUUUCAUAGCUAAGGUGAUAGUUUCCAGCCCUCAAUUUUUGACGGGGAAUGCUAUUGUUGAUUUUGUUAGUUUGUUGCAAGUGUUGGGAAAAGGGGGUAUCUCAUUAUCUUGGGUUGAAGAGCAUCUGCCUGAGAAGAUGUGUUGUCCUUGGAGCCAGGUUCUGUCACUUGUCAACUUAUUCGUCAAGAUUGGUUAUAGUGAACAACAGUUAUGUUGCUUGAUAAUCCAGCAUCCGGAUUUCUUAUUUGAGGGGGAUAAAACACUAUCAGUUAUCGGGUUCUUAUCCAAAUUUGGCACCCCUAUGAAUCAGGCAUGUUCAGUCUUUUUUGAAUGCCAAGUAAUGGAGGUUGGAAACUUUUUGUCAAAUUUGAGGCAGUGCUUCGUGUUCUUUACUGAGAUCGACAUGGAGCCACUUGAGAUUGGAAAGAUUGUGCAUUCUCAACCUCUAUUGUUGAGUUCAUGUGCAUUGAAGAAAACCAGCACUUUGUUAUCUCGUUUGAAAUGUGGGAAGGUGACGCUUUGUGAGGUUAUCCUGAAUGAUCCCUUUCAAAUAAAGAAUUGGGUGAUUGGAUCAAAGUGUACACCACUGGGUCCAAGUGAUAAACAAAGCUCAAAGUUGUUGAAGAAGAAAUUCUUGUUGGACUUGGGAUUCACAGAUAACUCUGAAAAAAUGGAAAAAACACUUAAGCUUAUUCGAGGCAAAGGAUCAGAGCUGCAAGAUAGGUUUGACUGUAUUGUGAGAGCGGGGUUGAGUAAACAUGAUGUUUGUGCAAUGAUCAAAGCAUGCCCGCAUAUUCUUAAUCAGUCGAAGGAGGUUAUCAACAUGAAAAUUCAUUUUGUUGUAAAUGAAUUGGGUUAUCCGAUCUCAGUGCUACUUAUGUAUCCAAAGUUUUUGGUCCGCACAGCACAGGUGAUCAAGCUUAGAUUAUCCAUGUAUGAUUGGCUCAGAGAACAAGGACUAGUUGCUAGAACCCUGUCUUUCAGCACUGUUCUCAAUUCAUCAGAAAAAUUGUUUGCCAGACAGUAUGUAACAAUUCAUCCCAGAGGGCCAGAAUUCUGGAAGGAGCUGAAGACUAAAAUAUAUUCCAGCUGA